AUGCCUUCAAAAUUACAAAAGGGCUUGGUAAAAACGAACCUGAAGCCGUCGUCUGCUGGUAUAAAUAAUGUUCCUACUAUCGUUCCUCCCACUACGCAAUUACAAAUAACCACCAACACGGAUCCUACGAAAACCAAAUUGCCUCUCAAGACGAAUGUUGACGUUAUGAAUAAGACCUCUCCGGUAAGCAGUUUGCUACCUACUCCAAAAUCAAAUAUUUCUUAUUCUUCAAUCGCAAAUGAUCUAAGCCCCACAAAGAGAAAUUCGACUAAACCUUCCCGCCAAGCUUCCUUAUUGAAGCGAAAAAAUGAUGAUAGUCGUACGCAAUUUAGUCGUAAUGUACGUGUUGCUCCUUUCCCACACAACCGAAAAUCCAUCAUCCAAACUCCAAAGUACAUCUCGAAAAACAUGGUUAACAAGAAGGCAAAAGCUGUACAACAACCUCGUAUCUCCAAGAAGAAAUCUACCAGUUCCAUUGAGGCUCAAAGUAACGUCGAAAUCAAAGAACUCCGUACGGAAAAUACCAAACUACUCUCAGAAGUUGAAAAGCUCCGACUCGAAAAUGAGAAGUUACAGGCCGAAAAGAAGGAACUCAUGCAAGAAAAAGGUUUGUUGACUGCCGAUGUUUGUCAAAUGGAACAUCGUUUAGCUUGUGAAGAUUCACGUGUUAUCGAGUUAGAAGAGGAAGUUGCCGAUUUACGUAAACAAUGCAGUAUAUUAAAAAGAGAACAUGACCAAAUAGAUCGCGACCGUGUCCAUUUUCGAAACGAAUUGGAUAUUGCCAAUAACCUGAUUAUUGAGCAAGCUACCACGAUGUCCGACCAGCAAGCUCUCAUCGAAGAACUCAUGACCCAAAUAGACGAACAAGAACGCGUUUGUCAGGACCUCCAGAACGCCAUCGACACUUUCAAAACGAAUCAUGCCCUUAACGAUAAAACCGUUUCCAAAGAAAACUGA